AUGACUUCAUCCGGGUCUUCCAAGGAUCUUGCCAGAGCACUCGGGAACUUUUUCCAAUCGCCCAGCCUGCCCCUUCCCGCCGAAAUCCACACAAUUAUCGCCAGCUACCUUGAAAAGCAUGAAAAGCCCGACGAGGCGUCCGGCGAGCGGUUAGGCGAUGAACUACUUGGUAUCUGGGAGAAAACUGUGAAAGACCGGCCGGAUAAGUAUGGCGCCUUUCUCGCCAUCCUACGGGAACUGCGGCCGGGCCUCCGAACACCCUCUAGGAUCUUCAAGUGGUGGGACAGGCUCCUCGACCCCGUAAUGGAACAUGUCGGCCGGGAGAAGGGCCUAGCGAAGGAGGUUAUGGACCAUACGCUCGAUCUUCUCGCGGAUGACGAGUAUAAUGACCCAGCGGCUUGGAGCGAGGAGGGGCUACUACCUCUGGUCAACCGGCUACUUACCAGGUGGAUGGAGGUCCGCGAGAGCCAACCGAGUCUCAACUCCUCUACCGAGCUCAAGGAGCAGAUGAUUAAAGAGGCGUUGAUGGCCUUUGGCAAGAGAGACCCCAAGGGGUUCAUGACAGCCCUGAAUGGCUUCAUGGUCAAGAGGGAGCACCGAAACUCGGCUCUAGGUCUUUUAUGUGCAUUCGUGUCGAGCGGCCCACCUCAUUUACAUCUCAUCCUGCAGACACCCCUCUUCGUGAACAUAUUACACUCACUGCAAAAAGACGAAUCCACCGCCACAGUCAAUCUAGCUCUCAUAGCUCUGGUCAUGAUUCUCCCCUUCAUACCCAGCUCACUGGUCCCUUUUCUGCCCACUUUGUUCAACAUUUACGCACGGUUGCUCUUCUGGGAUAGGGACUCGUAUUUUGCACAGCAACACACCGAGAUGGGUGCCGACAACGGGGAAGCCGGGGCUGGCAUUCCCUGGGACAAAUCUCUGCUGGAUCCAGACUAUGACGGGCAUUCCCUCUCUUACCUACCAGAAUAUUUCACCAUCCUCUAUGGACUGUAUCCCAUCAACUUCCUCGACUACAUCCGCAAGCCCCAGAGAUACCUACGCCAUGCGAAUAAUGCUGAGGACAUCGAUGUCCAGGCUAUGGAGAUACGCGAUAGGUCGGAACGCUUCAGGAAACAACAUCUCUUGCAUCCGAAUUUCUACAAUCUGACCAUCGAAACCGAAAAGACGGACCUUAGCCGGUGGAUCAAGAGCGAGGCAGAUGAGGUUCUCGCUGAUUGCAUGGCACUCUAUGUAGACCGCACACCUGAUUAUGACCAUAUCCGCCCCAUCACGCCUGCCCAUGGUGCUCCUGUCUCAAUCACGGGAGGCGGUCCCGACCAAGAAGGAUUUGAGUCCGCUCUCCUAGGCAGUCCGAGCAACGCCGAUGCGUCACACCCAGCGCUCCCGAAGCCAUUAUCCCUUGGUCGACCGAGCGUCUUAUCUGAGCGACCCGCCUCGCAAUCAAGUCACCGAUCGGGAUGUGACAUGUCGGAGAACCGAAGCCGAGGCCAGGGGGGAGAUAGUCCGACCCUGCCCUCACACCUCGUUCAAUCGUCGUCUCAUACACAGCUCCAAGACCUUAUUCAUUCAAACAAGGUUAUCAAGUCAGGCCUGCACCAGUCGCUAACCAACGAUAGCGUGCCAUCACUUGUUCUCAGCCCUCAGGAGCAUGGGGCUGAGAAAAGUCCCACGCAGCCUCCGCGCUCACAGCCAUCGCGGGCAUUAGGGGGUUCCAACGCAGAGCUGGGCGAUCAGGUAGCCCUCCUUCAGCACCAGCGGCUUCUCCUGAUCAACGACCUACAGUAUGAGAGGUUUAUCAAGCAGCAGCACAUGAUACACAUGGGGGAGCUGCGCCGGAGGCAAAUCAGGGUGUCAGCCACAGAGGCCGAAACCCAGAAUCUUGUGAUGGCGAACCGUAGUUUGAAACAGCGGCUCGAUGAGGCUAAGAGAGGAGAGGCACAGGUCAAGAAAGAAUUUGAUCACCGCCGAAACAUGGCCAAGAAGUGGGAAACAGACCUAUCGAACAAGCUGCGGGCACUGCGAGAGGAGCAGAAGAAGUGGCAUGCAGAGGGUAGCGAGUUGCGAGAACAGUUAAAAAGGGCCAAUGCGGAAUGCGAAAGCCUGCGCCGCAUCGUCGAAGAGGCGGAGAAGAAGAGACUCGAAUCCGAACAGAAUCUCGUGGCAGUUGAUAUCAGCAUGGCCAUGAUUGAGAGCCUAAAGGGUGAGAUUGCGCGCCUGUCGGCCUCGGAGCGCGCCCUCCAGGGCAAGGAGUUGAAGAUGGAGACUGCCACACAAGCGGCGAUGGCUGCAGAGGGUAGAGCAGAGCAGAUGGCAUUGGAGGUAGCCGCGCGCGAGGAGCUUCUGCGCCAAGCAGAGGAGGGCUACCGCGCACAAAUCGACGACUUGAGCACACAGCUCGCCAAAGCACUCCGGGAGAACCAGGGGAAACCAGCCAACGAUGUAGCGGCGGUGUACGAAAGCGCCCUCUCGGCGGCCAGGACGAAGAAUACGGAUCUUCAAAAGCAAUACAGCGCCCUCAUGAGGAAAUUCACAGUCCUUCAAUCGCAGUUGCUGGACCUGCAGUCCGCCGCAUCCAGUUCAUUAGCCCGUACUGAUGCCGAGACAACACCCAUGCCUAAGAGCCCAAUAGCUAUUCGGAACCGGCCGCAUCGCGGGUUUUCAGACCCCGAAAUCGCUGAUGGUACACCUUACAGCGCUUCGUCACCGCCCCUGGAACCUGUGUCGACCUCUCUCGGAGCCCCGUCGCACCGUCCCUCGACUCCGCCAGGGCCGUCCGGGCCGGGGGAUCCGCAUGGGGCUGGGAAGACGAGUCCGCAAGCCGAGAGGUACUUUGGCCGAGGUGAGUUGUUGCUCUCCCGGAAUACUCAGGUGCCCACUGCUGACUUGGUGCGUAUUUAG